AUGGACCUCUCGCUUAAACCAAGGUCCACCUGGGAUGAUCAAGGCUUGUGGUUUACGCUGGCUCUCAACUCCAUCCUACUUGUAGUGCUUUCUGGCCUAAGUAUUUUCUGUCUUACCGCACCGUUGCUUUGGCUGCGGCGUCUUUAUCGCACCAACCACACCAUAACUGUGAGCGUGGGGCCAUCGGGAUUUCCAGCUGCCACAACACCUCUGACACCCUCCUCCUCCUCCCCCUCUGCGUCUCCCACCCCUCCUCGACAGCGUGUGGGUCGUGUCCUGCCGUACCGUUGCUCACUCUUCUCUCUCCCGAGUUUGCGCGACUGGCUGAGCAUCGAGGAGGAAGUGGCAAACCUGGAGAGUGUCGUGCAGCCUUUGUCCACAAUCGCUUCUCCUAAAGAUGACGAAGAUGACACGAAGAGGCAGAUUUCAGGGGAAAUGGAGAUGUCAAAAUUCAACAAGAGGGAAAAUACUGCAGUGGAGGACACGUUUUUAGUAUCGGCAACGAAGGCCAAGGUGCCAUUUGACCCCCAAGUGGCACUGUACCUUGCCUUCUUGAAACUAUUUGCGACCGUGUUUGUUUUGGGCGGAGUCUUCAAUUUCUGGAUCUGCGUUCUUUCUGGGACGGAUAACUACCUGGAAAAAUAUAUGGUAAGGCGUGACAUUCACGGUUGUCAGUCUUUGGGGGAUAAUGAGACGGCUUGUAACGACAGGGCUCCAUUCUGUAAAUACGUGGAGACGGAUUGCGUUCCAGUCCGCCUUCGCGGUCUCUAUGACCUCUCCGCGCAAAACAUCUCACCCCACAGUUGGCGUCUUUGGCUUGUGGGGAUUUUGGAUCUUUUCUUUUCCGUCAUAUAUGUUGUGGCAGUCUUAUUUUUCCUAUACCGCUUUGAUGCAUACAUCAAAUCUGUCAUGCACUUGCAGAUGGAAAAUGCACUUGGACACCGUGUGGCGAUUGUUCGGGGCUUAAGUGCCGACAUGAUGUCAGAAAAGAGAUUUCAUCAAGGAUACCUUGUGGAAGAAGCCUACUUUCGGCCAAGAGGUGGAAAAGGUGGCCGAGUUGGAAAUGGAGAUUCAGGCAAUGAUAACAAUGGUAACGCGGAGGAAGAUGAGUUGGAUGUGUAUUACCAGUACCAUUGUACAGGUUUAAGUUGUCUCUUUUCGAUUUGUGGUUUGGGUUACUACAAGACGACCCGUCGAGACGCCAUCUUUACAAGGGAUUGUAGUGUGCGGCAGCUGCUUUUCCCUCGUGAGCCACCAGAGGGUAUGUACGAGAGCAUGGAGAGGACAGAGACUGCCAUGAAGGAGUUACAGGAGGCCAUAGCGGACCAAAAAGCAUAUUCAAAGAAGCAACGUGAAAGAAUGCCCGUGGCGCGUGAGAGAGGGGAGGAUGUUGAGGAAACACUCAUGAUGUGUGCUCCUUUUCCUUCCUGCUGCAGCAAAGUGCCCAAGGUGGAGUAUAGGAAAAGGGUUUUUAUUGCCGAGGCUAAACGGUUGAAUCAAUUUAUUGAUGCAACCCCCGCUAGGGAUGCAAAAGGGUCUGCCUUUAUUAUAUUUUCAGAUGCACUUGAGGCGUACGAGUUUGUGAAUCUGUUCGAGUCGCGUCGUGGUGGUGUAUCGGGGGCGCAAGCGACCAUCGCCGGACCGCCGGAUGGUAUCAUUCAUUUCAACCUCACGACCGAUCGGUACACAGGUUGGUUACGAACCGUCGUAUUCUUUUUUGUGUAUAUCUUACUUCUCUUUUUUUGGGCUGUUCCUGUUGGAUUUGUCAGCUCCAUUGACAACCUUGUGUAUAUUCCCUAUAUUGGUAAAUUCGUGCUUUGGAUUUAUAUGAAUGUGCCAGAAACUCUUCGUGGUGCAGUUACUUCGUUUUUACCAGUUGUCAUGCUGGAGCUUUUUAAUUUAAUACUUCCGUUUAUGAUUCGGUGCUUUGUCAUUGCAAUGGGGGUUGUAAACCGGGAUUCGCUCCGUGGUGGUGAGUUGUUCCUGCAGUAUCUCUUCAUGGUACUCACCGGUGUCAUAUUUCAGGCGGCGCUGCAGGGCGGUCUGUCCCAACUGGCAGAUGUACUUAAGGAUCCUUCAGGUGAGGCGAUUAUUGGUUUCUUCCUUGCUAUCGUUAGCCCAAACGGCGGUUACUGGUACGCCAAAGUUAUCACUGCAGCCUGCAUCUCCACGUGGUUGAAUCUCGUUGAUCCUCUACCGCUUAUCCGGGCCUUUUUGCGAAGAAAAGAAGUAAGCGUCCAACGUGUCUACGACAAACUCUUCAAGCCAUGUUCGUUUGACUGGCCGCAAUUUUACAGUUUUGACCUUACGAUACUCGCGAUGGGGCUUCUCUUCCGCAUGACGGUACCACUGUUGGCCAUACUUGUCGGCAUCUACUUUUUCGUGCGGUACAUGACGCAAAGGUGUCGGCUAUAUGAUCGCUAUUGCCCUCGCGUUCAUCCGUUGCAUGACUGCACGGUAGUCAGUGCCUCAGCCCAGGUGAUGCGGGCGGCGAGUUGGUUAUACUGCCUUGGUGGCAUCGGCGGGGUGCUGGUUAUGAGUCUACGUAAACAUGUGGGGGGUGUUGUACUCUGUUCCAUAUCGCUGGCGGUGGGCAUUUUGCUCCUCGCGCGGGUCCACUCUGUCUCGCGCCGUUGGGUGAACUCCCUCGCCAAUGCACGCCGGUUCCUCAAGCACAGGGCAGUACCCCAGACGCGUUAUGGCGCAAUGGCCAAAAGGAAGGCGACACAAAACAGGACGCAAAGGACCGACAAGCCCUCCGCCCCGCCACAAUCCACGAACGUUCUUUCGGAGGGAUGUUCGAUGGAGCAGCUUGCCACGGAACUUGUGUCGCAAACGUUUGAGACCGAUGGUGAUGUUGACAACAGGGCUGUCACGGACAGAAGCGACAGCAGUACAGAUGACAAUAAUGGCGUUGUUGGUGGCGACAUAAACGCACGGGAAGGCGCAACGUCGUUUGGCGAUCAAGUGCCUAUUCCCGCAACUGAGCUGCUGCCGCACAACCCGAAUAUCAUUUCCCGUUACCAACCGAAGCAUCAGCGGCUGCUACAUAUUGACGCGGAGCAGGAGAUUCAACGGAUGGAGAAGACCGUGUUUCAUGUAGAGAGCUACUGGAAUUCGUCCUUUGAGCUCAUUGACGAUGUUGGCAUGCCCCUUUAA